GGGUGCCCCGUGCAAAAUCCCGUCCUUCUUUUUUAAACGAGUUCUAGGCUUCCGCCGGCCGCCGCCACGGAGUCUUCCCUUUCCAUUUGGAAGGAGCCGAAUCAGUCUAGGGCUUCCUCGCCCCCGCCGCCGGCGAGAGCAGCAGCCUCCGCAACAAGACCUACCGCCCUAACGUCUCAGCUCAGGUUCCGGCUUCGUUUUUCGACCUCUCCUCCAUCCAUGGCGCUCCGGUUCGAGGUGUUAGGAAGAUUUAAUCGUGCUCGCGCAGCUCGGUUAACUCUGCCACACUUUACUUGUCAAACGCCACUUUUUAUGCCUGUUGGUACCCAAGGUACAAUAAAAGGCUUGACUACAGACCAGUUAGAGACUAUAGGUUGUCAGAUUAUACUUGGAAAUACCUACCAUCUUGAACUUCGUCCUGGCUCUCAACUUAUUGAUGACUUGGGUGGCCUUCACAAGUUUAUGAAUUGGAAAAGGGCAUUGCUGACUGACUCUGGUGGUUUCCAAAUGGUUUCUUUGCUGCAUUUGGCUGACAUUACUGAGGAAGGAGUUACAUUUCAGUCACCUGUUGAUGGGAAACCCAUGCUCUUGACGCCUGAGGAAUCAAUCCAUAUUCAGAACAACAUUGGAGCUGAUAUAAUCAUGGCUCUUGACGAUGUUGUUAAGACAACAAUUACCGGCCCGAGGAUAGAGGAAGCUAUGUAUCGUACCCUUCGUUGGAUUGAUAGGUGCAUAGCUGCUCACAAGAAACCUGAUGUUCAAAACUUAUUUGGGAUUGUGCAAGGAGGAUUAGAUCCGGUUCUGAGAGAUAUUUGCGUGAGGGGCUUGGUUGAGCGGAACCUUCCCGGAUAUGCCAUUGGUGGUCUUGCAGGUGGUGAAGAUAAAGACUCGUUUUGGCGUGUUGUUGCCCAGUGCACCGCUGGAUUGCCUGAAGAUAAACCACGAUAUGUUAUGGGUGUUGGUUAUCCACUUGAUAUUGUAGUAUGCAGUGCUUUGGGUGCAGAUAUGUAUGACUGUGUCUAUCCAACACGCACUGCUCGCUUUGGGAGCGCACUUGUGCCUGAGGGUGUUCUGAAGUUGAAACAAAAUGCAAUGGCAACUGACGAACGGCCCAUUGAUCCUUCCUGUCCAUGUAUGGUCUGCAAAAACUAUACCCGUGCAUACUUGCAUUGUCUGGUCACGAAAGAUCCUAUGGGUUCUCAACUGCUGUCAUAUCACAAUUUAUCAUUUAUGGCGCGGUUAAGUAGAGAUCUCCACAUGUCGAUUCUUGAAGGGCGAUUUCCAGAAUUCGUGAGAGGAUUCUUGAGGGUGCAGUUCCCAAAGGGCGACGUGCCAAAGUGGGUUCACAAUGCAAUGGAGGUUGCCGGCAUCGACAUAUCGGAGUGCUGCACCCCGACCAACUGCCAGCAUGACGCAAUGGAGGCUGCCGGCGUCGACAUUUCGGACUUCUGCCCUCCCACCAAAUGCCCCUGACGCGCAACGCUCGGGGGCAUUCAUUACGGAUACCACGAUACCGGUUGACGAUAGGGAAGGGUUGUCGCGUGGAAGUGAUCCCUCAUAGUACUUAACAUGACGCGUUUUCACGAGGUUUUUUUUUGGGGUCAUAGACUGUAGGCCUGGCUCUCAUCCAUUGCUUCAGCAUAGAAUUUUCCAACAGUAUGCUGAAGCUAGCCCCCCAUAGGUUUUGAUAGUCUCCAAGGUGUUAUAGGGGGUGUUUGGUUUAGAAGUCCUAGGACUUUUUCUAGUCCCAGGGACUAAUCAAAAAAGACUCUCCAGUAGAGUCUUUUUCUAGUCCCUGUAGAAAAAGUCUCUCCCGUUUGGUUUCUAGGGACUUUUUAGGGACUUUUUCUAGUCUCUGGGACUAAAAAGUCCCUGAACCAAACACCACCAUAGUAUCUGUCAUUGAUUGUUUGCAAGCUGCUGCAAAUGGUUUUGCUGCAAGGACAAGUCUACGGAGAGUUGUAACAACGUCAUUAUUUUAUACUCACGAAAAUUGUUGCUGUGACGCAGGUCAUUUUGUCUCACUGAUUAUAUUAUAUGGCUUCUCCAGUCUUCACAC